AUGGCCAUGGGGUUUCUCUGGCACGCGUUCGGCCACCCCAUCGAGACAUUUUACGUGCUGCUCUCGCCAUUCAACCCCCAGUACUAUUCCCACCACUUGGACUUUCGGGUCGACCGGUACUAUGCACGCCUGACGCGCGCCCGCAUGCAGUCGGACUUGCGGUCCGCCUUGGUCGACACCUUUUACAACAAGGACGCCAUUAUCACGGAGCUUGACAAGGCGGUGAGCCGCUGGCGCCGAUGGUGCCUACAGGAUCGGGGGCCAUUGUACGCCUUAUUCGAUGCGUUCGCCGUAACGACCGUGGAGGCCAGGACGGGCCGCAAAGUCAAAGUAUGGACAAACGACCGGUUCGCUGCGUUUAUAGCAAGCCGUCUGGGCAGUGAUGAUUCGGGCGUGGCUCCUGUUUUAUGGCGAACGUUUUGCUAUAGCGCCCGAUAUCCCUUCACGGCCAACAUCGAUACGUGUCCCGCCGAGGAGCAGCAGUUGAACCUGCAUGACUGGGUCCAAGCGGUCGCGAUGCUGGCGACCGAUGCUGCAGACAAUGUGCACUACGCCCGGCCGAUGUAUUCGGUGACAGGAUCGACCGUCUGGUACGGGUUUGCAAGUAUGGCGGUGAAACUGAAACUGGGUCGAUCGAGGCCACAGCACCACAGCGUUGACGACGUCGACAACGUCGACGAGGAGGCCCCCACCGUGCUGACACAGGUCGCGUUGGUGGCCUCCACGCAGCUGCCUCUUGACUACGCUAUGCGCGGACCAAAACUGCCGGAAAUUCUACCGCACAUUCGGAAGCUGGUGACGGACGAGGAGUGCGAGCCCGUUUUCAAAGCCGAUUUUGGUAUACCGUACCAUGACUUGGUGUGUCUACUCGGUGCCAUGCUGCAAGUGGACAAACCGGACCUCAAAGCAGCCAGGUGGACAGGGCGACUCGACGAGAACCGCGGCCUCGGCUUGGCGACCACCACCGAAAUCGACCGCGCGACGCACUUGGCUGUGGCAAAACAAAUUCUCGCGGCGGCGGGUCUCCAUGAUGAAAAACGUGGUGGUGGCGCCGUCGCCUCGUAUGAACAAUAUAAAGCCCUGUGGCAUAGACUGUGUCUAGAACCAGUCGACCGUUUCCAUCUUAAUGAAAGGCGGUCGUUUGACAGGGAGAUGGACCUGCUGUGGCGCAGCCUCUUUUCGGUGUUCUCGGUGCCGCAAGACCUGAAAGGCCUGAACCACGACCGCUGCGACCGAGACCAGACUCCGGAGCGCCCACCACCCCCACUCGUCUUGCAGGCGCUCGACUUCCUGUACCCGUUUCCAUCGUGCGGCUAUAUUCGCCAAGAGCGCCGCAGCAACACACUAGUAUACUCAUCCGAGGACACCGCCGAGACCGGUGGUAUGUCCGGUGACGGUGUGAUGGCCGCUCUUACAUCACACUACUUCCCCAUGCUCGUCAUAGUGUAUGGGCGCAUGACCGACGCAAGCCGGCAGCCUGCCAUCUUUGCUGUGUUUACGUCGUCGCCGCUCUGGACUACCGCCGACAAAGGCCAGACAGAUAUGCAAUUUUUUGUCGAUGACAAGCACUUGUUGAUGGAAAUUGCGCCUCGUGCGCGUGUUCUCCAAUACCAGCCACCGAAGAAUAAGGAGAGCAAGACCAGAUUCACGGAUCUGGUUACGACCGACGACGUGGCGGACACCAUCUGCUUCGGAUCACGUUCGGGGCUCACCCUCAACUUUGCGUCUGGGGUGGCAACACUGUUCUCGGCGGCUGAGCCGGCUGAUGCGACUGAUGCUGGACAUUACAUUGAGAUUCCCGCGGGUCCGUAUACAACAGACCGUGAACCGAUUGCAUCCCCUGUGGCCUGGACUACGUCCAUGCAUAUCACCAAGCUCGAGGUGUAUCGUGGAAUAGAUGGGAUCGACGAGGACUUGGUCAUUAGGCGCGAUCUCCGAAGUAAUCGUCGACGGUCGGCGGCAGAGGGGCAAAGGGGCUAG